AACUGCGCAUGCUCGCAGCAGGGCGAGGCAAGGCGAGCUGUGUGGGCGGGGCUUGCUUGACGCACGCUCGCAGACUGCUGGGGUCGCCGCCGCUUAGUGGCAGGUGCGGCGCAGCCAGAGCAUUAAGCGCUAGGCGGGCAGAGGCAGUGCAGCAGGGCUGCUGCUUUUUCCCGUGGGAGCGCGUGCGCCUGUCUCUCCCUCCCCCUUACCUGUCUGAAGUCGGCUUCGCCAUGGAGGCGCAGAAAGAAGCCUUGCAAAGGAUUAUCUCCACACUGGCACACAAAAAUGAUGAAAUCCAAAACUUCAUUGAAACUCUAAAUCACACAUUAAAAGGUGUACAGGGCAAUUCUUCCAGUGUAAUUGCUGAGUUGGACGAAGAGUUUGAUGGCUUGUACUCAAUACUGGAUGAGAUGAAGGAGAGCAUGACCACAAGCAUCAAGCAAGAGCAAGCUCAUAAAACGCAAGAACUUCAGAAUCAACUCAGCCAAUGUAGUAAUGCCCUGGAGAACUCUGAAGAAUUGCUAGAAUUUGCUGCACGCUCACUGGACAUAAAGGACCCUGAGGAAUUUUCAAAGGCUGCCAGACAGAUCAAGGAUAGAGUCACAAUGGCACCAGCUUUUCGCCUGUCUUUGAAACCCAAAGUGAGUGACAACAUGACGCACUUGAUGGUGGACUUCUCUCAGGAAAGGCACAUGCUUCAGGCUUUAAAGUUCUUGCCAGUUCCCAGAGCUCCAGAAAUAGUUCUAGCUGACUGCCUGGUAGCAGACAACUCUGUAACAAUAUCAUGGCAAAUGACGGAAGAAGACAACAAAAUUGAUCACUAUGUGCUAGAAUACAGAAAAACCAAUUUUGAUGGGCUCCCCAGAGUAAAGGAUGAGAGGUGCUGGGAAACUGUAGACUACAUUAAGGGCACUGAAUAUACAUUAUCCGGUUUGAGGUUUGAUUCAAAGUACAUGAACUUCCGUGUCAGAGCUUGCAACAAAGCAGUGGCAGGGGACUAUUCUGACGCAGUGACUUUAGAAACCAAAGCUCUUGUGUUCAGUCUGGAUGGCUCAUCAUCUCAUCUUAACUUGAAAGUUGAAGAUUCCUAUGUUGAGUGGGAUUCCACAGGAGGCAAAGGCCAAGAAAACAAAAUAAAAGGAAAAGAGAACAAAGGCAGUGGCCAGAUCACCCUUCUGAAGAACAAUACAAGAAGUGGUACUCCAUCUCCAAAGCGGUCAUCAGUUAGCUCACGCUCUCCUUUGAUUAGGGGCAGCAGAGACAGGUUUACUGGAGAAUCAUACACAGUGUUAGGAGAUACUACUAUUGAAAGUGGACAGCACUAUUGGGAAGUCAAAGCCCAGAAGGAUUGCAAAUCCUACAGUGUUGGAGUAGCAUAUAAAAAUUUGGGGAAGUUCGAUCAGCUGGGGAAGACCAAUACAAGCUGGUGUGUACAUGUCAAUAAUUGGCUCCAGACUACAUUUGCAGCCAAACACAAUAAUAAAGCAAAAGCACUUGAUGUCAUGGUUCCAGACAGGAUAGGCGUCUACUGUGACUUUGAUGGAGGUCAGCUUUCUUUCUAUAACGCAAGCUCAAAGCAGUUAUUGUACAACUUUAAAACAAAAUUUACUCAGCCACUGCUACCAGGCUUCAUGGUCUGGUGUGGUGGUCUCACAUUGACAACAGGACUGCAGGUGCCGAGUGCUGUGAAAACAAUGCAGAAGAGUGAAAAUGGACUGAGUGGUUCAGCUAGUAGCCUAACCAAUGUCACCCAAUGAUGUUUCCACUUCUAGGUUAACUGCUUUUCUCUGCAGGUGUUACUUGAAGAGCUUGUGAGCAAUGGUUUAAUAUGUUCCUAUCGCUUCUAAAGCCUAAGCACCAAUAGUGCAAAAUGUUUGGGGCUGAACUGAAGUAUUAACAGGAGUGUACUGUGAAUCUGCCGUGUAAUAGGAAAAUAGGCUGGCUUUUUUUUAAAGAGAAGGGAGUAUUUGAGGUUGUAGCUAUGCGUUCCUGUUAGACUGAAUUUGACUACUUGUCUUAAGGAUGCUUGACUGAUCCUUUUAUGACCUGUAGUAAAGACAAGUAUGACCUUGGUCUAAAAAACCCUCAUUGCUUUUUUCUCCUGGAUUCCUAAAACUAGCUCUUUGCCCUCAAGAAAAGGAAGUGAGAUGGAGUUGUACUUUAAAGCUUGAAAAUGAGAACCUUCUAAAGAUAAUCUAAAUUCACACAAAUUUUCAUCAUGGAAAGAGAAAAAAACACUCCAGUUUUGAUCAGAAUCCUUUGAUUAGAAAUAGCUUUUACACGAUCAGGCAUGAUGGCUAAGGGUCAUCCCAGGUAAUGCAUUCUGAACUUGUCUCUGGGCACAGUAUCCAUUGGCCGUGUAGGAUGAUCUAGAGUUGAAGAUGUCACUUUAACGAUGUGAGAAUAUUUCUGGCCUUUCAGCUUAACUUGGAAGCAGCACUUCAAAAGCUCCUUAAUAUCAUCUCAUAUAUUAAAUCUCCAGAGUGUGUUCUGUUCUUGGGGCAUUAAGUGGUGUUGGGGUUUUUUUUAAGUCUCACCCAUGUUGGUAAAGUAGUUCUCCGGUGUUUAUGAAUGAACAUAUACUUGAGAAUGUGCACUUACUUGGCAUUGGCCUAUGCCUGAAAUCCACUCAAGUCACACUUUGGUGUGAUCAUUUCCAUCUUUUAAAUAACUUGCACCACAUCUUGAUUUUCAGAUUCAGUCCUAUAGAACUGAACCCAAUGGAUGGGUCAACUUCUAGGUGCAUAAAAUACCUUCAUUUCAUAACAUGGUGUAAAUUCCCCAUAUUUAACCUUAAAGCCCUAAAUGAUCUUUCCUUCAAGCCUCUAAAGUGCUUUUCCCCAUCCUUUAGGAUAUAAAAAGUGGAUUGUACAUUCCAAUUUUAAAGGCACUGUAACUGGUGAUCCCUCAGUAGUGUCAGAAGCAUACGUUAAGGAGGUCAGAUAUUAAGAUUCUAUACUAAUUUGCUUCCAACCCUGCUAAUACGUUGGUUCAAUAAUAUGAUUUGGCAUUUAGUUUAUGUACUAUAGAUUUGCUGACUCACUUUGAGAAACCUCACAAAAAGAGUAUGAAGCAGACUGGUUUUUGGUUUGUUUUUGUUUUUUUAUAAAUAGAGCACACUUGUUGGUCUCUUUUGAUAAAUCAAUGCAUAUAGUCCUUGUGGAAAUGUCACAAUUCAGUUUUGACGUUUAACUUUUCAGCAGAACUACUAUAUAAAUUGCUCUAUCAGGACUCCCUACUUGCUACUUCUAAAUGAUUUUUCUGGUAACUAAUCAAAUGAAAGUUUCUAGAUUGGCGAUGUUUAAACCAUAUAAAUGCCUUCUUUAGAGUCUAAGAGUUAAGAAAUCUAUAAACCACUCCAGCGUUGUCCAAUACUGUAAGACUCCUCCUAUGCUUCUGAUACUAAUACCCGUGUGUUUGCAGCACUUAAGCGCAAGGGUUUUUAGUCUUUGCACAAUUGAUUUUUGAAAAUAAAGAUGUUUUGAUGACUGGUUUGUGAAGGUUUAAAUGCCAGUUACUGUUUGGGAGAAAAUCAAGUACUCUAAAAAGAUCUCAUUGGUAUUGCUUUGAGUUGUAAACAAGCUUCUAAUUAGUCUGGAUCCUGUUGAGAGACCCUUUAAAAUUGGAAUAAUGUUUAGUCCUAAGGUAACUGCUUUGUCUCCACCACCACUGUUAAACAAUUUAUAUGCACUACUGGCUUAACAUGGCUAGCACACUGUAAGUGUGGUCCAAAAGCUGAAUAGACUGAAUACUUUGGAACUGCUAUAUAUGCCAGGGACAUCCAGUUAUGCAGACAUUUUUGCAAAUCUUCCACAACACAACCGACUUCUUCCAGAUGCAGUAGUAGUGUUUAGAGGCUCUUAAGUCUUAUUUAGAAACAUACAGUGACGCAGACCUGUGGAUUAAAUUUCACCCUUCUGGGGAGAACCUUUAUUGUGAAAAUAGUCAGUCACAGGUGCUUGCUUCUCUUGCUGCUGAACAGGGUAGUUUCAUACUGUGUGAAUGAUAGGGUAUGGCAACAAGAGGAAAUGCCUUAAGCACUUUAGACAUCUUUCCCUUGGAUCAUGAAACUAAUGAGUUAGCAGCCCUUAAUCAGUUUUAAUUCUGUGACAAGCAUGCAGAUGUUAAUGUAACUGAGCAAAAAGGUUAAUUUGAAUGCUUUGGUUGACUCUUCCAGUAGACCUAGAUAUCUGGUAGCAAACAAGGCAUAGUGUUUUUCCAAUGUGUACAUAAUUUGCCCACUGUAAAGUUAAAGUAUUUUUAUAUUUGUAGCUAAUGAAAACUUCUGUUUUGUAUAUUUACAGGAAAAACAAAUGUAUGUUGCUAACUUUGUUUUCAGAAAUCAUGAAAUCUUCACCCAGUGUAAACAUAAUUAUGUAGUAGCAAAGCUCAGUGCGCUCUGAUGAAAGAGAGCAGCAAAUGGAAUAUUCCCUUGUUAAAAUACAAAACUGUGAUCAUGCUGAGAGGUUUCAAAAGUGCAGCAACUUCGAAAAAGAGUAGCUGAAAGCCCAAGCCGCAAUAUUGCACAUAGGAUCUUCAGGAUUGUUUCUGAAUGUAAAAAUAGACGAGGCUUAGAAUUCAGUUUAAGCUUAAAGAUAAUGGAGAGAGGAUCCAAUCCUUCUCUGUCUAAAGGAAACAAAUCAUGUAUGCUGCCUUGUAGGACUGGGUUCCUUUUUUGGUAUAGAAUAGCCAGUGACUUGCUUUGAGGCAAGCUGUAAUUGGGUAGACAUGGGAACUUCGUGUGUGGUGGCUGCAUUUGUUGACCAUACCUUAUUGAUCCUUGGUAUUAAAUGGAAGUGUAUUGACAGAACAGUUAUGGGGGGAAACCUAAAUUAAUGGUACUGUACAAUGGUCAGUUUCUGCAUCUCUCCCCAGAAGUUCAGUGGUCACUGCUGGUAAACACUUCUGCAUGUGCCUUCUUAAGGUGGCACCAUAUCAUUGCUCUGCUCAUGGCAUAAGGUGUUAGACUAAAAUGCAUAAUGAUGUGACUUUAUCACACGGAUCUUCUUAAACAGGGAAAUUGCACAUUGUUAGUACCUCAGGUAUUCAGUGCAUUCUUUAUCCUUGUCAAGUAUCCCACGACAACAGUCCUACCUGCCAUAGCAACACUACUGCUGGGUGCCUUAGAGCCCAUGUGUUUUUAUUUGCUGUGUCUUUAAUUCAAACACAUCUCACAGGGAUUUUGUAUUAAUAAACUUUUGAAAACCAGGA